CCAAACACACGAGCCAUCGCCCAUCAUCCGCCUCAAUAGGAUCGUAUCCUGCCCUCCGCUUCGCCUGAGAAAUUUGAAUACCGUCGCCGCUCCGAUCUAGGGUUUGGUUGUUGCCCGCCAUGUACCGAGCUGUCGGAUCUCGUCUCAAGUCUCUCAAGCACCAAUCAGAUGGUGCCAGGAUUUUUGGCACUGCUAAAUAUGCAACCACGAGUGUUGCAGAAAGGCCCUCUGGAGGUACCUUUAGCUGGUUAACUGGGGGCAAUUCUGGUCAGGUUCCUCUUGAUUUUCCACUUCCAGGUCUUACACUUCCUCCACCUCUACCUGAUUUUGUUGAGCUGGGCAAGACAAAGAUCACAACCCUUCCUAAUGGUGCCAAAAUUGCCUCUGAAACAACACCUAGCCCAGUUGCAUCCAUAGGACUGUAUGUUGAUUGUGGUUCAAUAUAUGAGACCCCAUUGUCAUUUGGUGCUACUCAUCUUUUAGAAAGAAUGUCAUUCAAAACCACAAGAAAUAGGAGUCAGUUGCGAAUGGUACGUGAAAUAGAAGCCAUAGGCGGAAGUGCUAAAGCAUCAGCUUCUCGUGAACAGAUGGGUUACACUUACGAUGCUCUGAAAUUGUACACGCCUCAAAUGGUUGAGGUGCUUAUAGAUAGUGUCAGGAAUGCUGUUUUCCUUGAUUGGGAAGUUGACGAAGAGCUUAAGAAAUUGAAGACAGAGCUAGGAGAGCUCUCUAGCAAUCCUCAGGGUUUGCUUUUAGAGGCUGUUCAUUCAGCAGGAUAUUCUGGUGCCUUGGCAAAUCCUUUAAUUGCUCCAGAGUCUGCAAUAAGCCAUUUAAAUGGAACCAUAUUGGAGGGAUUUGUUUCUGAGAACUAUACUGCUCCUAGGAUAGUACUUGCAGCUUCAGGUGUGGAACACGAGGAAUUGGUAUCACUGGCUGAACCACUUUUAUCUGAUCUUCCAAAAUUGCCACGUCCACAAGAGCCAAAAUCUGUCUAUGUUGGAGGAGAGUAUAGAUGUCAAUCUGAUUUGCCGAGCACUCAUAUUGCACUUGCAUUUGAAAUUCCUGGAGGUUGGCAUCAAGAGAAGGAAGCAAUGGCAGCAACCGUUCUUCAGGUGCUUAUGGGAGGUGGUGGAUCAUUCUCUGCUGGUGGACCUGGUAAAGGCAUGCAUUCUCGGUUAUAUCUCAAUGCCUUAAGUCAGUUCCAACAGUUGGAUUCAUUUUCAGCUUUCAACAGCAUCUACAAUCAUACUGGCAUCUUUGGAAUCUACGCUAGCAGUGGGCCAGAGUUCAGUACUAAAGCUGUUGAUUUGGCAGCCCGAGAGCUGCUUGCAGUUGCAACUCCUGGUCAAGUUGACCAGGUGCAGCUUAAUCGUGCUAAGGAGUCUACCAAGUCAGCAGUCCUCAUGAACCUGGAAUCUCGCGCGGUGGCAUCAGAAGAUAUUGGAAGACAGAUUCUCACAUAUGGCGAAAGGAAACCUGUUGAGCAUUUCUUAAAAGCGGUGGACGAACUCACACUAGAAGACAUUAGUUCCCUUGCUGAAAAGAUCAUCUCAUCGCCACUUACAAUGGCCUCAUGGGGAGAUGUCAACCAUGUUCCCGGCUAUAAGUUUGUUAGAGCGAAGUUCCACGCAAACUGACUUUUGUGCUCACUCAGACAAUCUUUUGUCAACCAAUUGGAUCAUUAUUUGGAGCUGCUGUUGCUCCUUGGUCUGGGCCCAGAGGUGUAGAAAAUAACGAAGGGAAUAUCGGCGAGAAAAUUAGUUUAUGUAAAUUGAUCAAUUAUUGGCCAAAUGCUACAUUUUUAUCCCUAUCCAUUUUAUUAUGGAUAAAUUAUAAAAUUUUAUGGUCAUCUUUCAAUCCAUCAGCCUUUUACUUUAAUGGCUUGCUAUCUAAUGCACCAUUUGAAAAGGUUGAGUAAAGAAGGCCUAUGAGAGACAUGAUUACGUUCAAGCAGAUGUAUCCAUCUCAUUAAGUUUUCAAAGGGGGUAAUAGUAAAAUUAUUGUUUCGAAUUCA